AUGGACCACCAAAACUCGAGUGAGGCCGCUGCCCAGGCUGUCGCUCUUCGAGGCGAACUCAAGGUUUGGGAGAAACAAUUUCUCUCAGAUCACCAGAGGAAAGCAGGGCGUGACGACAUCAAACAGAAUCGCGAUAUCGCCGCCAAAUACAAAGAAUAUGGUCGACUUAAGAACCUUGAGGCUGCCCUCAUGCGCCGUGAAAAACGUGCUCAAGAUCCCGAAGCCAAUUCCAAGAAACGGAAACAUACGUCCUCGAAUGGCCCUGACUCGAAUGGACCUGACCGCGAGGGAGCAACGCCUCGCAAAUCGGCCAAAGGCAUCUUCGCAACCCCUUCGAAUCCUCGCACCAAGCUCCAACCCUGGGACGUAGACCCUUAUGACUCACCGUCUACAUUCCGUCGCCUAUUCAGCCCCAGUACACAUCGCCAAAACCUGCCCGCGCCAUCGCCUCUGAAGGCCGCAAUCGGCCCUACACCCCAACGCGAUGGAAAGGCCUUCGGAUUAUUCGAUAUGCUCUCCGAAUCAGGCGGAAGCGCCCCGACGCCAUCAGCGAAAAAACAAGGCGAAACCCUAGCGGCAGGAUUCCGAACGCCCUCCAAGCCCAAGACCAAAAUCAUAACAGCUAUCCCCGAAGAAGAGGAAGAAGAAGUAUCCUCCAAGCUAUCCAGAACCCCCGCAUCCUCCACAAAACAAUUUUAUCUAGCAAAUUUGUUUGCAACACCGACAACCAUGCGCUACGCCGCCAUGGUAGAGGCCGAAGACGAGAAAGAGACUCAAGUGAUCCUGCCCACACAAACUGCCCCCGACGAAACACAACGCUCAAAUCCGUCUGGAACGCCGUCAUUCCUCCGACGCUCCAAUUCUGGCCGGUAUCCGCCUCCAGGAACUGAAGGAUCAGCACUAAGCCCUAUCGCUUCCCGCAAGCCUCGACAAUUUGCUGGGCGAGGGCUUUCGCAUCUGGUGCAGGGUCUGCGAGAGAUGGAAGAGGAGAAAAUGGAAGCUGAUCUGGAUAUGCUGCGGGAGAUUGAAGCGGAGCAGGAGGCAGCCAACUUCCAGGUUCCAGAAAGCCAGUCUUUUGAGCAUGGCAAGCCAUAUAAGAAGAAGGGGCAGAAGCGGACUACUCGGAGGGUUAUCAUGCGGCCGGUGUUGACAAAGCCGAAGCCAGCAGAGCCUGCUGCUCCUGUUGUCGAUGACUCGAGCGAUGAUGAAUUGGCCGCUGUUCCCGAGACCCAAGUUCAGGAAGUACCACCUGAGGUCGAAGAAGAGGGAAAGCCGCUGAAGAAGAUAGCGAUGAUGUUGCGUCUCUGCAUACCAUCUCAGGGGCCGGGUCAGACGCGGAGACGGAACCUGGUUCAGAAAUCGAUGACGAUCCGGAGUAUGACGAAGAACCAAGGCCUGCUCGAUCCAAGAGUUUCUCUGAACGAAUUAAGGAAGCCGUCGGGAUGUCAAAGCUGA